AUGAAUCCAGCCUUUGCUCAGCCGAUGAUGAGACCUAAUCUCCCGCUGAGAAGACCUGCCACUGGACCCAGUUCACUCUCUCCCAGAGGUCCAGCACCAGCCAUUUAUGAAGAACGCCUGCUAGCAAGUGACGUUCUGGAUGGUCCCAAGAUUGAUACAAUGAGAAAGGAUAUCAGUCAGAAUUGUGGAGAUGUCUUGUCUUCCCCACAGACAGUGGUGUCCAUGAUGGGCCAGGUAGUGAAGUUGUGCAAUUACUGCAGUCACCAGGGCAACUUAAGGUGCACUCGGUGUAAAAAAACUUGCUACUGUUCUGUAGCUUGUCAGACUCAAGAUUGGAUCGCACAUCGACAUGUUUGCAAACCUAGCACUCCAGAAGUCACAAGUGAAAAAACUAAGGAAUCAACAGCUGUGCCUUAUGCAAAUGGACUUGGUGGCCUUCAAGCUAAGGAGAUCUGUGUUGACUCACAGCCGAAGAGAAUAUACCGUCGUGACUUGCACAAAAAUGUGGUUUCCAAAGGUUCUGAGAUACAGGGCACAGUAAUAGACCUGAGGAACCCUGGGAUGUUCUCCAUCCACUGGCAGUCCGAGGAGAUGAUGGAAUCCCUGAAAAAGAUCACCCAACAGCUUCAGAAGACCUAUAGCUCUUCAUUUGCACAAGAGUACAAGCCUGAAGUUGGAGAGCUCUGUGCUGUUAAAUUUUCUCUUGAUCAGAACUGGUAUCGAGCUGAGAUUCAGGCAGUUGAUGUGGCCCGCAAGACUGCUGGUGUGUUUUACAUCGACUUUGGGAAUGAAGAGAAUGUUGCACUUGACCACAUACGACCUCUUUCUGAAAACAUUGAUGCUGUGGCACCAUUUGCUUUGCAGUGUUGUAUUGCUGGUGUAAAACCUCUGACAGGAAGUUGGACUGGUGAAUGCUGUAUUGCUGUUAGGCAGUUAAUUGCUGGAAAGUGCCUCACUUUCACAGUCUUGGACAUCAUGAAUGAUGGCGAUCUGCUUGCUGUGGAUUCUCUUGUUAGCACUCUUGGUAAAUACAUGAGCACUUUCCUGAUAGACCAGUCCUAUGCCAUAAAAGAGGAUGUUCCUGUCAAAACACAGACUGAACACAGCAUCAAUUCGUUGCUGACAGCAUCUUUUGAGAACUUCAAGCGCUUUUCUGGAGGAAAGAAUGAGAACUCCGAAGCCCGGCCUCCAGAGCCAUUGACUCAGGGAGUGGGGGACACAUUCACUGCUGUCGUCACCCACCUCCAGUCGCCCUCAGAGAUCCUCUGUCAGAAGCUGGAAAAUGCCAGUAUAAUCCAGCAGUUGCAGAUGAACUUGAGGGACCAUUGUUCAAACACUGCUGCCAGUGAGGACUUUAGGCCUGCACCAGGAACUGUCUGCUGCUCGCUCUUCUCUGAGGACAACCAGUGGUACAGAGCUAAAGUUCUGGCAUAUUCCUCUGAGGAUCGUGUGUGUGUCGGAUACAUAGACUUUGGAAACUCUGAGGAGGUUGAGCUAAAUCGCCUACGACCAAUCAGCAAGGAGCUGUUAGCUUUGGCAACACAAGCAAUCCCCUGUUCUCUAGCAGGUAUAAAGUCUCUAACAGACACCUGGUCAGAUGAAGCUGUUCUGAUGUUGAAACAUCUGGUCUGCAACCGCUUCAUUCGGGUUGAGAUUCUGGGUAAGAAGGAUGGUAGGGCUCUGGUGUCCAUGAUAGACGAGUCCAGUGACCCUCAGGCCAGUGUCACAGAGCUACUGGUUAACAUGGGUUGUGCUGCUAUUGAAAGUGUGGAAACUGAGAAAAUUGAACCAGAUCAAGCUACCUCCACUGAAAUGCCCUCCCUCAGUCAACCUGUUAAGAAAUUGGAGUGGACUUGUGCUGAACUUCCUUUUGAUGGCCAGAAGGUGGAGCUGGUGAUCAGUAUGCUGAAGAGCCUUGAUGAAUUCUACUGUUACAACUACAGUAAAACAGAUGAACACACCCUGACAGAGAUGUCGUUUGAGCUCAUGAAACACUGUGAAUCAGAGAGCGCUCCCUUUAGCCCUGUAGUAGGAGAACCAUGUUGUGCUCUCUUCACAGGAGACGCCCGCUGGUACAGGGCCAUGGUCUUAGAGGUGUGUGAAGAGGGUAAAGCCAGAGUUUAUUUUGUGGAUUAUGGCAACUCGUGUGAGGUGGAUGCAGCACACCUUAAAGCCAUCACACAGAGCCUGCUAAAACUGCCCUUCCAGGCAAUACGCUGCUGGCUUGCAGGAGUGGAACCAGUGGAGGGCCAGUGGAAAAAAGAAGCAAUGCUUAAGUUUCAGGCUCUUUGUGCCGGUCAGCCCUUGAGUGGCAAAGUGCUUUCCAUCACUGAGAAGGGUUAUGGGAUGGAGCUGGAAAGUGCUGGAAAAACUGUUGCUUCUGUACUCAUUUUUGAGCACUUGGCUAAACCUUACGGACAGGUAAAACAGCCUCCACAGCCAGCUAAACCUACCAGUCAGAUUGAGGAUCUGCCCUCUCUCAAACCCAUUGAUCAGAAUCCAUCUGCUGAAGAGCCUUUGAAAGUUAGUAGCAAGGGAGCUGUCACUGUCUCAGAAGAUUCACCAGUGUCAAGUGGCUGUUUUCCUUUAAACUGGAAGACAUUGGAGCUGUCUUGCAGUGACACCUUCCAACCAAGGGUGGCAGCAGUGAUCAGCCCUAGUCUCUUUUACAUUAUGAAUCCUGGACAAGUGAAUGUAGAGGGUCUGAAGGCUGUUAUGGCUGAUGUUGCAAAGUACUGCAGCAAACAGCCAGUUCCCAAUCAGUGCCAUCCUUUACCAGGAGCCUCCUGUUGUGCACAGUUUUCAGGUGACAAAAAUUGGUACAGAGCUGUUGUGUUGGAGGUGACCUCAAAGCAUGCGCAUGUCAUUUACUCUGAUUAUGGAAACAUGGAGACCGUUCCUCUGUCCAGUAUCCUUCCCAUCACCAAAGAACUUCUCCAGCAUCCAUUCCAGAUAGUUAGAUGUGCACUCACAGGUAAAGAGCACUUCCCUGUAGUGUGGCCUACUGAAGUGCUGGAACUCUUUGGGAUUCAGUUGAGCGGGGGUGUCCAGGCAUCCUUUCAGGGCUUUGAUGGAACCUCCAACCUGCUAACCCUUACCCAGCAGUCAGGUCAAUCUGACAGAGACAUUAAUUCCAUUAUCCUUGGAGCUCUGCAGAAAGGACAGAUCAAGCCUAGCUCAAAGCUGCCUGCCGAUGUCAAUAAAGAGAAAAAGGAUGUUGAACAGAAGCAGACACAGCCUAUCAGCUCAAAUAAGGCCGCAGAGCAAACUCUAUCUCCAAAUGUUGAGAAACCUGCCCUGGAUGACAAAACCCGGCCUUUACGUGUCAGCUUAAAGCAUGAGGAACCAGAAAACAUGUCCAAGACGAAGACUGCAGAGGAAUGCACUCCAACACACGACACUGUGAGCAGUGUUGAGAGCAGCAGUGCUCCACAAUCUUGCUGUUGUCAGGAGCUGAAGCAAAAGAUGGACCGUAUUGAGGAGUUGGUUCUCCUACUUGUGAAGCAAGUUGGAUCCAGAUAGUAACCCAAGAACUUCAAUACCCAAAGGUUUAAAGGGACAGUUCACCCAUAAAUGAAAAUUGUCAUUUACUCACCCUUUGCUUGUUUUAAACCAUUAGGAGUUUUUCCUG